UUGGGGACUGCAGUCUCCUUCUUCCAGAUGUUUGAAGUCUUCACCCGCAGUUGGCAGGUAUCAAGAGAGCUGAAAUGGGUGUCGAGAGAGAAAUACAAACAGUGUGAUCAGAGGAUUCACCAGCUGGCAUGGACCUCAGCCAUUCUCAGGAGCAAAGAGAGCCUACAGAUGUUCCAGAUGUUUUGACUGAUGGCAAUUCUAACACAUCCCAUGAAAUUGAAAACAUGGACAACAGUGAAGACUCAAAGGAAUAUCAGUUGACGAAUGGGGAAGGGAGAGAAGAAGAUGGCUUGCUUAAAGGCAAAGGUGAAUACACUGAAAAAGAAGAUGGCGUUUUGAAUUCUGAACCAAUGGAAAACCGAGGAGAGCCUGGGAGCCUUUAUAACUGCCAGCAGGAGUAUGGAGAGUAUGACAGCAUCGAGCUAGAGAGGCAUUCUGGGCCGUACGACCUCAUCAGGCCGUCUAGCGGAAAGCUGAUUUGCCACAUUUGUGGGUUGCGCUGUGUCAGCCUCAAUGUCUUGAUGGUUCACAAACGCAGCCACACUGGUGAGCGCCCUUUCCAGUGUAACCAGUGUGGGGCCUCGUUUACUCAAAAGGGCAACCUUCUCCGCCAUGUUAAACUUCACACCGGGGAAAAGCCAUUCAAAUGCCACCUUUGCAGCUAUGCCUGUCAAAGGAGAGAUGCGCUCACUGGUCACUUAAGGACACAUUCCGUGGAGAAACCAUUCAAGUGCGAAUUCUGUGGACGGAGUUACAAACAGAGAAGCUCAUUGGAAGAACACAAAGAGAGAUGCCGGACUUACCUGCAGAACGCUACCCUUGGUGAAGCUGAAAGCGUGGAGGGAAGGCACAUCAAAUCCGAGAUGGGGACUGAACGGGCCCUUGUGCUGGACCGCUUAGCGAGCAACGUGGCCAAACGGAAAAGUUCCAUGCCUCAGAAAUUCAUUGGUGAGAAACGCUCCAGCUUUGAAGUGAAUUACAACCCCAGCUUUGUGUACGAGAAGGAGAGGGAGGCCAUGUUGCAAGGAUGCCUGCUGGAUCAACAAGCCAUUAACAAUUCCAUGGGCUACCUUGGCGCAGAAGCCCGACGCCCGCUUGUGCAGGCCCCGGCGCCCCCGACCUCGGAGAUGGUGCCCGUGAUCAGCAGCCUGUACCCCCUGGCGCUCACCCGCUCUGAAGUGCCCAAUGGCAACCCGCAGGAAGUGGAAAAGAGCCAUGCCCAGCUGAGAGAGAAGGCUAUGUCUUCCGACAGAGGUCUUUCUCCAAACAACAGUGGCCAAGAUUCCACAGACUCAGACAGCAACCAAGAGGAGCACCAGAGCCUUGCCUACCACCAGAACCAAGUGGCCCCUCCUCCUCUGCAGGCCCGUAAUGGGCUCCUGGUCUACAAGGAGCACCCCAGGUCCUACGAGAUCUUCAGGCCGCCCGUCGUUUGUCCUCGUGACGUCUUGAAAGUCUUCAACAAGGAAGGUGAACCCAUUGGGGUCUACCGAUGUGACCACUGCCGUGUCCUCUUCCUGGAUUAUGUGAUGUUCACCAUCCACAUGGGAUGCCACGGCUUCCGUGACCCUUUCGAGUGUAAUUUGUGCGGCCACCGGAGCCAUGACAAAUACGAGUUCUCCUCCCACAUAGUCCGUGGCGAGCACAGAAUGGGACUGAAAUGAGAGCAGAACUUCUCCCAUCAGUUUCUGGGGAGACUUGUGGACCGUAACCUAAAACCAGUUCAAAACCAAGUUUGAGUAUUGUGUGAUUUCUACCCAACAACCUGGGGUGGGGGGUGGGGAUGGGGAAUUAUAACUUUGUAAAGAUGUUGUGAGUAUUUCCUUGACUCCAUGGAUCCACAGUCUUCAGGGUUCCUUGUCCAGGAACAUGGGGAUUUUAAGACUAGUUUACAUUUGUAGUGUAGCCAGAUUUUUAAAAUCCCUUUUUUUAAAAAUGUGGAGAGAUUUUGUUGACAUUUUUAUGUACCAGCUGUAAAAAUAAAGGUUCCAUCAGAGGUGAGGAAUCUGUAGGUCCCAACUCACAACUCACAUCACCCUUAGCCCUCAAAAAUGUGAAAAAUUAAGCGGUAUAUAAAUGUCUUAAAUAAAAUAGACAAAUAUUGGCCAUGCUCUCUGAGGCUGAUGAGAGCUGGGAAUCCCACAGUGUCUGAAAGGUCAUCAGUGACCCAGCCCUGGGCUAGGCUCAUGGUUUGCAAUGCAGACCUGAAACAAAGAUGGCUGCCCCCAACAGUGCUUAAUUUCUGAAAACAACAACAAUGGCAGAGGGAGAAGAAAUGGUGUCAGGGCUUAGUUUCCAGCAUUAGGUGCUUGGAGAUGGCUGGACGUAACCCUGUGGCAAUGGGUUUGUGAAGGCUCAGGUGCUUUUUGUUCAUUUUUCAAUUAUUCCGAGACCUCAGGCCAGUUUAUAUAAUCUGCAGAGCGAACUAAGAAAGUAGCUUUUCCACUUCAUGUUGCGACCGAAGGAAGCUUCCCCUGAUUGUCCUCCUGGCCCAUUAUUGUAGGGAUGUUAUUUCCAUCUCUCUCUUGCUCUCGCUCUCUCUGUGUAUGUGUAAAAGAGAGAAUACACACACACACACACACACACACACACACACUCCUUCCUUCCUCUUCCUCCCUGUCUUUCAGUUCACAUGUCAUUAUUCUUCAGGGGCAUCUCGGUUUCUGGACAAAUCACUAGUCCUGCAUAUUUAGAGUUGCCAGCUUGCAACUUCAGACAGUACUGACUACGGAUGGGUUAAUCUACCAAAUUUCAGUUUCUCUCAGCUUCUUAUUUUUUUCCAGUCAUGUGUUCAGUUCUCAAUAUUUCCACAUCAGCCAUCAAAUCUAACACGCACCUCAAUUUUCAGAACCUUGAAACAAAAAGAGUAUUUGCUGGCAAAUGUAAGCGUGCCAUCAAAUCUGCACCUUAAUUUUCGCAUCGUAAUUUGGCCAAAAAAAAGUGAGCAUUAGAUUCGAGUAAAUACGGCAUAUGUGUUUGCAUGCAGUUUUCACAACACGAUUUUUCCUAAGAUAAUUCAUUUAUUUUCACACACAACACAUACGUAUGUGCGCACCUUGCCCCUGUAUAUGUAUUUUGGUACAUGUUACUUGGUUUGAGAACUUCACUGCAAAAUUCAGAGAAGUGCAAAUUUCAAAAGGUGGCUGUGUUUCAGCCUGUGAAUUGUUUCAGAAAUAGUGAGAUAGGUAGAAUCACCUUUAAAGGUGAACUUAAUAUAAUUUAUCUCCCACCCCUAGUUCUGACCCCACCUCUUAAAAGGGUCAGCAGGCAAAGCUAAGGAUGUGUGCAGAGGAAGGCAACCAAGAUGAAUAAGGGUCUGGAAACCAAGCCUUAUGAGGAAUGGUUGAGGGAACUGGGUAUGUUUAACCUGAGAAAGAGACUGAGAGAAGAUAUACGGUAAUAGCUGUCUUCAAGUAGCUAAAGGACUGUCACAUGGAAGAUGGAGCAAGCUUGUUGUCUCCUGAACCAAUGGCUUCAAGUUACAAGAAAGAAGAUUCUGAGUAAAUAUUCAGGGGGAAACUUUAUCACAGAAAGAGCUGUUUGACCGUGGAACCAACUCCCACAAGAGGUGGUGGACUGCCCUCCCUUUGAGGCUUUUAAGCAGAGGUUUGGAUGGCCAUUUGUCAUGGAUGCUUUAGUUGAAAUUCCUGCAUUGCAGAGGGUUGGACUACAUGACCCCUGGGGUCCCUUCCAACUCUACAAUUCUAUGAUUCCCCAAGUUGGCAGGGCUCAUUUGACAAGAAGAAACCAAGCCUUUAGGGUCAUUGGCCCUGUUUUCCGGAAUACUCUGCCAACAGAGAUUCAGCAGGCAACUUCUGUUUCAACUUUUAAAUGCCUGCUGAAAACUUUUCCCUUCUAUCAGGCUUAUGCAGGCAAUUAAGAAUACGCGCUAGCUGAUUUCUGAUUUUAACAUUUCAUGUCCUUUUAUUGUAUGAUUUUAUGUAUAAAUGUUGUAAACUGCUGUGAAUUUUUAUAACCUUUAUUUUUGUGAUAUUUUUUAUGAAUUUAAAUAUUUUUUUUAUAAAUAAGGGAAAAGGAAAGAAAACAUUUAGGAAGUAGGGGGCAUGGAGACAGACAGCUGCUCCACUCGCCCCAAAACACAGGGACAAUUUGUUUGGGACCCCUGAGUGUAGCAGUUUGGAGCCUGGUUUCACCCCAAUUUAUCGGAUGAUCCCUGUAUUGGGUAAACCUGGGUUUACAAGGGGAAAGCAUUGAGAUAGUUGUAACGUCCUGAGUUGUAACACAAAUUAGGCGGGAACACAAACAGCAGCAAACACAUAGUAAACUCUGGCAUUGGCAAACCCACAUUCUGGAUUUGGUGAAAAGUCAUCAGGAAUUAGUCUGAAAUUAAAGGUGUACUGUUCAGUUUUACCUAACAUCUUGAGAUAAAUGUGGAGGCUUUUGCUGGGGCAAAAAUGGCAGGUUAAUUUUGAAGGACCAGAAAGAAAUUUUAUGACUAGCCAAAUUUCCCAGUGAGGAAGAUUCCAAACGUCCCUGUGUUGCCACCAUUGUUGUUGCUGCUGCUGCCUAAUGGGUCUCUCAAGGGAGAAACGUGGAAGGGAUUUUGAGGACAGCAAAAAAGCGUUUGUAAAAGACCAGCAAAAAUUCCCAGCAGGGUGGGGGUGGGGGUAGGGGAGCCCUUAGUAUCCUUGCUUGUGAACCUUCCUUGGGAGUUGCUCUUGCCUCUGUUGAGAGUUGGCAGAAGGAAGCCACUGUUGUCUUGUGAUAGGAAACCCUCCGCAGCCCAUUCCAUAGAAGCUGAGAAAGCCAUUGUCUUAUCUUGGAGGGCCACAAAUGUGCCUCUGCAUUAACAUUGCUGCUUCCGACUACGCGUCGCUCUGACAGUGUUUCUGCUUUGAAAAUAGAUCUCUGCACUUGCUCUGGAGCUCUUUCGUCCCAGCCGAAGAAUAACGGGAACCUGCUGUCAAGUAUUCUGAGUGUGUUUGUUGUCAAAAAGUGUUAUCUACAGUGUAAAGUGAUGGAUUUAUUUUUUUAAUACAAAGUGCUUUUUUCAGUACCCAUGGCUCUGUAUGUUUUGGUUUCUUUUUUUCGCCAAGGGAGGCAGCACACGGUUUGGAGCACAUCUUCCUGAACCGGAAAAACAUUGGAUUCUUAUCUCAUAAUGCACGAUCAAGCUUUCUUUAGCGCCUCAGCCCUUGCUUUUUCCCUGCAGGGCCAAUUGCAGUCAUCAGCAGUCGUUAACAGCCAUCUACAGGUUUACCACUCCCAUCAGCCCAUCACCCAUUCCCACCCCCACCCUCUGUAUAUACAUAAGGGACGGACUUCUGUUUCAAGUGUAUCUGAAGAAGUGUGCAUGCACACGAAAGCUCAUACCAAAAUAAAAACUUAGUUGGUCUUUAAGGUGCUACUGAAGGAAUUUUUUUAUUUUGCGAAAAAAUGCAGUCAGUGUACAAAAGUCACUUGAGACGCUUCAAAGCGGAGACGACUUAGCAACACCCAAUUGCCACUGUCCCGAGGAGGCACGGCACAGAGGGAGCCCACUACAGCUUGCCUUGCAAAGCAGUGCCUGGGCACACUCACACACACACCACAGCCCUCCUUUCUUUCCCCUCCUCCUUUCCACCUGACCUGGG